AAUAAUUGACAAAUAACGGAACAGUCAGGGUGUAGAAGGCAAUACAUGAAGAAAAAUAACCAAAACAACAUCUGGGGUUGCAACAAACUGAAAAUGCUCCCCCGGCUACUUUGUAUCAAUGAUUAUGAACAACAUGCUAAAUCCACACUUCAAAAGUCUAUAUAUGACUAUUAUAGGUCCGGGGCAAAUGAUCAGGAAACCUUGGCUGAUAACAUGGCAGCAUUUUCCAGAUGGAAGCUGUAUCCACGGAUGCUCCGGAAUGUUGCUGAAAUAGACCUGUCCACUUCCAUUCUAGGACAGAAGGUCAGCAUGCCCAUAUGUGCAGGGGCUACCGCCAUGCAGUGCAUGGCUCAUGAGGAUGGGGAACUUGCAACUGUGCGAGCCUGUCGGUCCUUGGGAACUGGCAUGAUGUUGAGUACCUGGGCCACCUGCUCAAUUGAAGAAGUGGCAGAGGCUGGUCCUGAGGCACUUCGCUGGCUGCAACUGUACAUCUACAAGGACCGUGAGGUCACCAAGCAGCUCGUGCGGCGGGCAGAGCGGAUGGGCUACAAGGCCAUAUUUGUGACGGUGGACACCCCUUACCUAGGCAACCGCUUCGACGAUGUGCGUAACAGAUUCAAGCUGCCGCCACAACUCAGGGUUAAGGCUCGGUGCUUCAGUUCAGUGCCAGGGCAGUUUAAAGAGGAGAAAAGUGAUGAUGCCAGGGAGGCAGUUAAACACGGUUUGGAUGGGAUCUUGGUGUCAAAUCAUGGGGCUCGACAACUCGAUGGGGUACCAGCCACUAUUGAUGCUCUGCCAGAAAUUGUGGAGGCUGUGGAAGGGAAGGUGGAAGUCUUCCUGGAUGGGGGUGUGCGGAAAGGCACGGAUGUUCUGAAAGCUCUGGCCCUGGGUGCCAGGGCUGUGUUUGUGGGGAGACCGAUCAUAUGGGGCUUGGCUUUCCAGGGGGAGAAAGGUGUCCAAGAUGUCCUUAGGAUACUAAAGGAAGAAUUCCGGCUGGCCAUGGCUCUGAGUGGGUGCCAGAAUGUGAAAGUCAUCGACAAGACAUUGGUGAGGAAAAAUCCUUUGGCCGUUUCCAAGAUCUGACAGUGCACAAUAUUUUCCCAUCUGUAUUAUUUUUUUUUUUCAGCAUGUAUUGCUUGACAAAGAGACACUGUGCAGAGGGUGACCACAGUCUGUAAUUCCCCACUUCAAUACAAAGGGUGUCGUUCUUCUCCCACAAAAUAGCAAUCCCUUUUAGUUCAUUGCUUUUGACUUUUCAAUGGGUGUCCUAGGAACCUUUUAGAAAGAAAUGGACUUGCAUCCUGGAAAUAUAUUAACUGUUAAAAAGAAAACAUUGGAAAUGUGUUUAGACAACGUCAUCUCCUGGCAGGCUAAAGUGCUGGAAAACAAAAGAUAGCCUUUGGUAAAAUUGGAGGUAGUGAACGCUGAGGUAAAAAGAUAACGAUCUCACUGUGUGUUAACCUGCAUUGUGUUUGGACAUCUUUAAAGCAGUGGUUCUUAAAUUGUAAGCUCAGGUUCAAAGUGUUGGAAGUGCCUGAUUCACACCACUGAGAGGCUAUCACUGGACGGAACUGGAAUGGAUGGUGGUGAUUUGUGAUACUUCUUUUAAUGUAGCUUUCCAAUCACAUCUUCAAUGUCUGACUAUAUCCGAAUGUUUUAUGAUGUAUAUUACUUCUUAAUCAGAAAGAAAUAAAGGAUUUUUUGAAA